AAUGCACAAGCGUGUGUGUAAGAGUUGUUGAAAGAAGAAGAAGAAGAAAUCAAAUGAAGUUGUCAGAGUGUGGAUCCGGGUGUAAGGAUCAUCCAAAUGAUAAGAGAGUACCCGGUGUGUGCUCUUCAUGUUUAAGGGACAAACUCUCACAACUUUAUACCAACAACCAUAACACCAACAAAUUUAUUGACCCUACUUAUUUUUAUCCUUCUCCUCCUUCUUCUCCUACUUCUCCUCAACAAUUUUCUUCUGGUGUCGAUGUCAGUGUUUGUGCAUCAUCGAAUAAAGUUUUAUCGGGGAACCGUGGAGUCAAGUUCCGGCGAAACGCAUCCCAUGCGGCGGGGGAUUCGGUUUCUUGUAUGGUAAGUUUCAAUUAUGGGUUGAAUUUGAAGAAGAGUAGAUCGCUUGCUUUUGCUUCGAGGGGAAGAGUUAGAGAGAGGGAUCAUGGGAGUGGAGAAAGAUGGGGAAGGAAGAAAAAAGAUGGGUUUUGGUCAAAGGUUCUUAAGUUGACUAAUAAAAAGGACUCCAAGAAUUCCAUCACUCAAAUGGAAGGACGAGCUUAGUGGUUUCUUUUUUAUUUUAUUUUCCACCAAACAAAAAAGGGUUGGUGGUGAUGUUUAUGUUGCAUAUAAUAUCAUAAUUCGGUGGAUUUCAAGUUUGGCUCGCUGUGGACCAAAAAAUAAAAGGAAAAAGGGAACUUGGAGUCUUUCUUUCUUUACAUUUCGAUUGCAAAAGGGAUAUUAUCAUUGUAAUUUGAAUCCGAAUCCUCUAGGAUUUUACUAUUAGAUUAAUAAAAUUAUUUCAUUCAUAUAA